AUGUCGGAAUCUAUCUAUCUAUCUAUCUAUCUAUCUAUCUAUCUAUCUAUCUAUCUAUCUAUCUAUCGCGGCCUGUUCAGUAUCUAUCUAUCUAUCUAUCUAUCUAUCUAUCUAUCUAUCUAUCUAUCUCGGCCUUUUCAGCAUCUAUCUAUCUAUCUAUCUAUCUAUCUAUCUAUCUAUCUAUCUAUAACCCUUCGCCGAUCUAUAUAUUUAUCUAUCCUAAACCGUUUACCAAACUAUCUAUUUAUAUAUCUUCUGUUUCUAUCUAUCUAUCUAUCUAUCUAUCUAUCUAUCUAUCUAUCUAUCUAUCUAUCUAUCUGCAUCAAUUUUUUAUCUAACUCUAUUUCUAAUCAAUACAUAAAUAAUAUAACGUGCCUUGACUUAGAUUCCGACUCAGAGAUCUAUCUAUCUAUCUAUCUAUCUAUCUAUCUAUCUAUCUAUCUCAGCCUGUUUAUAUCUAUGUACCUCAGCCUGUUCAUAUCUAUCUAUCUAUCUAUCUAUCUAUCUAUCUACAUCAGCCUGUUUAUAUCUAUGUACCUCAGCCUGUUCAUAUCAGUCUCAGUUUCUAUCUAUCUAUCUAUCUAUCUAUCUAUCUAUCUAUCUAUCUAUCUAUCUCAGAAUUAUCUAUCUAUCUAUCUAUCUAUCUAUCUAUCUAUCUAUCUAUCUAUCUAUCUCUACUCUUUCCUCUCUCCUCUUGCUCCACCUCCUUGUUCUUCUUUCGCCCUUCCUCCUCCUCUCGACCAUUUUUCUUUUUCACCUCCACCUCCGUCUCUCACUCCUCUUUCUUCUUCUUCUUCUUCUUCUUCUCAUUCUUCUUCUUCUUCUUCUUCUUCUUCUUCGUUUUUUGACUCCCGCUCCUCCCGCGAUCUAUCUCCUCCCUGUUCCUCCCCAUCCUCCUCCUCCCGCUUCUCCUCCUUGUCCUUUCGCUUCUUGUUGUUGCCAUGUUCCGCAGAGCCGAACGUAGGCUGA